UAAAGGGGGCUUUCCUCAUCCUGGACGCUGGGAUCGCUUUAAAUGGCUGAUGGAGUAAGAGGGGAGGGAUAACGGCGCUGUGUAGGACUCCGAGCGCGCGCGGCUCACCAUCAUCAUCAUCAUCAUCAUUAUCCUCCUCAUCAUCAUCACCACCAGCCUCCGCUCAGUGGACAUCACGGCCAGCAGCUCGGCUCCUGUCUGAGCUCCAGCGCGCAAAACACUUCGUCAUUUCUCCUCUAAGCAGCCUCGAUCACAGCACACCCGACUACAACAUGUGGAUUUAUAAGCUCCUGCUUUGCCUUUCUGUCCUGCUUUACUCGGAAAGCAAGAGGCAUGCGCUUCAGGACUACCAGAAGACUGACGGGGUUCGUCUGGUUGCUCCGCCUGACUCCUCCUACAUGAUGAAAAGCAAGAAGAUGAGUUUGGGGAAGUGUGUGCGCCGCUGCAGCCGCAACAGAAAACUCCCUUUCACCUGCAGAGCUUUCAUGUUUGAUCAGAAUGGCACGAAGUGUCAUUUACUCUCCUUCGACAGCCUCACAGUGGGCGUCCAUGCCGUGACUGACUUCAGCUUUGACCUUUACGAAAAAAAAGACUUUGUAAGAGAGUGCAUAAUCGGCACAGGCCUGAAUUACAAAGGGAGGAGAUCAGUGACCGAGAGUGGUGUUGAGUGCCAGAACUGGGAUCUGAACACACCACAUGAACAUCACUUCUUACCCCGGCGGCAUAAGCAGAAGGACCUUCGGGGGAACUUGUGCCGGAACCCAGACAAUAGCACUACGGGUCCGUGGUGUUUUACCAAGAACCCCAGCAUACGCUAUCAAAACUGCAACAUUCCCCAGUGCUCACAAGUGGAAUGUAUGAUGUGUAAUGGAGAAAGCUACCGCGGGCCCAUGGACCACACGGAGAGUGGCAGAGAGUGCCAGCGCUGGGACUUAGAUGAACCUCACAAACAUCUCUUCCAUCCCAAAAGGUACCCAGAUAAAGGACUUAAGGAUAACUUCUGCAGGAACCCAGACGGACGCCAGAGACCCUGGUGCUUCACUACCGAUCCUGACACUCCGUGGGAGUACUGCGAUGUCAAACAGUGUGAAUCUGACAGUCACAAUGAUGUUGAAACAACUACGACAUGUUUCCGGGGGAAUGGGGAAGGAUAUCGUGGGACGGUCGCAGUCCCUAAGGAUGGUUUGACUUGUCAAAGAUGGGAUACCCAGUUUCCACAUUCGCACUCCUUUACACCACAGAAUUACCGCUGCAAGGACCUGAGGGAGAACUACUGCAGGAAUCCCGAUGGCCGUGAUGCUCCGUGGUGCUUCACUACGGACCCUAACGUGCCUUGGGUCUUUUGCACAAGCAUCCCAGGCUGUGAAGCGAUAACAGCUGAACCUGAUGAGUGUUACACAGGAAUUGGUGAGAUGUACAGAGGGAGGCAGAUGAAGACUCGUUCAGGCAUCCCCUGUGCACCAUGGAACGACCAUACUGAGAGGAAAGCCAGAGACAUGCUGACCCAGAAUGAUGAACUGGAAGGUAAUUUCUGCAGGAAUCCAGACAAGGACAAACAUGGGCCAUGGUGCUACACCAACAGCUCCCUCAUCCCCUGGGAUUACUGUACAGUCAAGCGCUGUGAAUUACAGAACAGUCUACCACGAAAAGCUGAAGCCUCGGGCGUCUCCUGUUUUGUCCAUAAGCAAGUGAGGAUAGUGGGUGGUGGCCCCAUUCCGAUUAAAGAGGGCAGUUGGAUGGUCAGCAUUCAGAAAGGGGCUGCUCACUCAUGCGGAGGCUCGCUGGUCCGUGAGGAGUGGGUGCUGACGGACAGAGAGUGCUUCUCUUCAUGUGUUCCUGAUCUGUCUGAGUACAGAGUAUGGCUUGAUUGUGCGCAUCUGAAUGAGUCUGGAGAGAACACUUGGAGAAGGCAGGAAAGGAGGAUUGCUCAUGUUGUCUGUGGCCCCGAAGGCUCAGGACUCGCCCUGCUACAACUGGCACAGCCUGCUCUCAUCACCGAGCAUGUGAGGAGGAUUCAGCUGCCUGUAGCUGGCUGUACCAUUGCAGAAGGCACUGUGUGUUCAACGUACGGCUGGGGGGAAACUAAAGGCACAGGACAUGAAGGCACACUUAAGAGUGUUCAGCUGCCCAUUGUUAGCAAUGAACGCUGCCAACAGUUACACAGAGGAACGCUACAGAUCACUGAUGCUAAAGUGUGCGCUGGCGGGAAGAGAGAUGAAGGAGUGUGUGAGAAAGACUAUGGUGGACCACUGGUGUGUCAGGAAAAGGACAGUAAGGUGAUAGUGGGAGUGAGUAUCCACGGCAGAGGAUGUGCCCGACACAACCGGCCAGGUAUCUUCGUCAGCGUGGCCCAGUAUACAGGAUGGAUACACAAGGUGUUCAAAACAUACCCAAAUUCAGACUAUAAUUAUUAAUUCCGAGCUUUAGUAAGACAGGAACUGGAACUGAGCAGUCCUGAGGAUCCAAAACAUUGGAGACAAAAAUCAAGGUGACCCACAUUAGUGACUUCACAACUCGCACGUACAUUCAACUGUGUCCGAAAAUGUGAAAACUGGGACGACAUCUGAAAAUAGAACCUGACUAUGUUCUGAUUUCAUAAAAAAAAAGUGAAGGUGAUAUGGCUGGAUUUCAUUCAAUUCCAUGUGUAUUGUUGUAAAAGUUGAAAGAAACGGUACGAAGGCCAGCUGCCUAAACCCUGAUCAAGGACGAGCUUUGUGACUCUUUAUAUGGAUUGUGGAAAUUAUUAUAAAUUUCAAAGCCAUGUUUGGGAAAAAUGUCUCCCCCCCCCAAAAAAAAAAUCUGUGGAUGAUUUGUGAAUGUUGUGUACACAAGAAUGACAAAGAAGAGCGGAGAAACUGUUUCUCUGGGAAUUGAUUUAGAUCAUAAGGAAAGAUACAGAUCUGAAGCGAUUGUAGAAUCUUUGGCCCAAACUAUCAAGCAAAUAUUCUUUCUCAGCUUAAACAAAUAUAUGGACAGAACAAAGAUUUGUCGAUUUAUACAUUCGUAUUGUACAUCUCGGCUCUAAACCUACCCCGCAGUAUUAUCUGUUACAAAAAGGUGUGCAUAAUAUAUGUGUAAAAUAUGUGUACAGUAGUAUUAAUUCAAGGCUUUUUUGUUUUUUUUUUACUUUUAUGCUCCUGAUAAUACUUGAAUUCACACACAUCCAACAAAACACUGUCUGAUCCGAUCGCACAUCCUCAAGUCAUGUAUUGAAGGUUCGGUUUGCUUUACGUAGGUGUGUAUGUCAUGCUCAGUGAACUCUGUAGAUGUUCUAACAUGUUAAUGUAUCCCCAACAUAUGCUGUGUUUGAAUUAUUAUCAGAAGCCAUAGAAGGGUUAUGUGUUGUAAAUACUGUAGUCAUCACUCCCGAUGCUUGGGUAGGUCUCAUAGACCUUUUAUGGAGGUUGUAAAAUAUUAUGGGUCUUUGUGUGUGUGUGUGUGUGUGUGUGUGUGUGGUGUGUGGUGUGUGUAUUCUUGGCAUAAUCUUGAUCACUAGACAUUAUUGCCAAUAAAAAUGUUGAAAGCAUGCUGGGAUCAAAAAGAGAGUAGAUGCUAAAUUUAGUUCUAUUUUGUAGUUAUUAUCAGCUGACCUCUUCAAGAGUUUGUGUGUAUGUCAGGGGGCAUAAGUCAGAGUUGUUUGUCAACCAUGCUGCUGGCAGGAUGCAGCUCUGCAGGACAGAGUGUGUGUGUUUGUGUGUGUCUGCAGUUGUCUGUGUGUGCAAGGUAUAUAUAUUGAUCAAGAGGAAAUAAAUAUACAGCAUUUUUGACCCCAUGGGAACAGUAGCCAGGUCCCCACAAGCAUUGGAAUAUCUGGUUUUGUCCUUGUGGGGACAUUUGGCUGGUCCCCACAAGAUUUUAUUGUGUGUUACAAAAAUUCCAGCUACAAAAGUCCAAAUUUCAUUUUGGUGACUGAAUUUAUAAUUAGGGUAGGACUUAGGUGUAGAAAUAGCAUUAAUUAGCUGCAUAAUUAAUUAUGUCAAUGGAAGGUCCUCACUAUGAUAUGACAGAUGUGUGUGUGUGUGUGUGUG